GUAUUUACUGGGCAAUCAAAGAUCUAUUCCUACAUGAGUCCGAAGAAACGCUCUGGAGUGCGUUCCCCCCUUCAGGAAGAGAACUCAGCCGCACAUCAUGAUGUUAAAUGCCAGGGGAAACCAUUAGCUGGAACCUACAGGCGACGAGAAGAGAAAAGAAAUCCUGGAAAUGCAAUACGGAAUACCAUGAAGUCUGAGGAACAGAAGAUCAAAAACGUGAGAAGAGGUCCCCUGGCACGUUUUCCAAACCAAAAGUCUAAAGCAGCAGAGCCUCCAAAAACUCCAUCCUCGUCUUGUGAUUCUACCAAUGCAGCAGUUGCCAAGCAAGCUCUGAAAAAGCCCAUCAAGGGCAAACAGACCUCUCGGAAAAAAGCUCAAGGAAAAACACCACAGAAUCGCAAACUCACAGAUUUCUACCCUGUCCGAAGGAGCUCCAGGAAGAGCAAAGCUGAGCUGCAGUCAGAAGAAAGGAAAAGAAUAGAUGAAUUGAUCGAAAGUGGGAAAGAAGAAGGCAUGAAGAUUGACCUCAUUGAUGGCAAAGGCAGGGGUGUGAUAGCCACCAAGCAGUUCUCCCGGGGUGACUUUGUGGUGGAAUACCACGGGGACCUCAUCGAGAUCACUGAUGCCAAGAAGCGGGAGGCUCUGUAUGCGCAAGACCCCUCCACAGGCUGUUACAUGUACUAUUUCCGGUAUCUGAGCAAAAGCUACUGUGUGGAUGCAACUAGAGAGACAAACCGCCUGGGAAGGCUGAUCAAUCACAGCAAACGUGGAAAUUGCCAAACCAAACUGCACGGCAUCAACGGCGUACCUCACCUCAUCCUCUUCGCCUCCCGAGACAUCGAGGCUGGGGAGGAGCUCUUGUAUGACUAUGGCGACAGAAGCAAGGCUUCCACUGAAGCCUACCCGUGGCUGAAGCAUUAG